AUGAAAAUACAAGCAAAAGCAACAGCAGGCAAUGGAGACAAUCGGAUCAGUGCUUUGAAGAGACUCAGUAAGCCAACAAAUAAUGUUCAUGCUCGCCUUAGCGCACCAACAAAUCCCGUAGUCACUGAUGCGCGACAAUUAUUGUCCAGUCGACAAAAGCCUGCUUUUGAUGCUCGACAACUGCUCAGUCGACAAUCGUCGAAAACACAAAGCACUUCGGUCACCAUACGACAAAAUGUGGUUGAUUUUGAAGGCGAUGACUACGAAGAAGAGGAAGAAAUGCCGAAUAUUAGUGAACAAAAAUCUUUAUUAAUCACUAGAUCUAGCAAUGGUCGUCUGACGUCUGGCCUUGGAAAUCGACCUUCUUUUCUUGCUCCGCGUAACACCCAAUUAACGGAGCCGGUUUCUUUUACUAAAACAAUCAAGAAUACUACUGUUCGUCGUGAAGACGACAGUCGCACUUCUCAAACUUCGAAUUCUCAAUCAAUCUCAUCCGAACAAAAGGUAGUUAUCAGCUUUGUGAAUGAUCAAUACCGCAAACGAGCAAGAUCGCCAACGCCACCAUCAAUUAUCCGCCGUUUACACGAUUCUUCUGUUCAAACAGCACAGACCUCGUCAUUGUCACGUGCACCUAUUCGAACUAGUGGAAACCAGAAACGUUUGGAUAACGAUGAUGAACCUCCUACGAAACGUGCAGCUUCGCGGAAUGCAACGACAGAUGUGGAACAACGCGUUUCAACAUUAUCGACAAAGAACUCAUCGAAACGAACGUCAACAGAUGCAUUUGGCAGUGGUCGAGUAAAACCAGCUUCAGCAACACAUUCAAACGCAAACUCAGCAACUAUUCUAAUCACUAAUCUUCAACCAACAGUCACCGAAGAUGAUGUUAUUGAACUAUUCAGCGAAGUUGGCGAUAUUAAAGAUAUCAAAACAUUGAGCCGUGGUUGUGUACAGAUAGUCUAUGCUGUGCCUGAACAAGCAGAAGACGCCGUUGCUAAAUACCACAAUCAGAUAUUGGAUGGUAAAUUAAUGUAUGUCAGUAUUCAAGAGCCGAUGUCGUAUUCCACAAAGUCGUCGAAAGUUGCCUCCUCGCAACAUUCCAAACCGGCGGCGGCGGCGGCGAUGACGGCGACAAAAACAAAUAGCUCGGCCUCAUCGAGCUCAAGCAAAUUUACAAUCGAUCCAACAUUUAUGCGCCAAGCCUUAUUCAAUCCUUCGAAUGAAACGAAAAACGCUGUACAAUUCCAAGUUAAACUUUAA